ACCGAGAGGAGGAGAGAUCUCCAGACACGAGAAGAGGAAAAGCAAUGCUACAGCGAGGAUAUAGCUGAGAGAGAGAGAGGGAGAAAGAGGGAAGGACGGAGGAAGGAGAAGAAGAAACAGAAGAGAAGCCGGACGAGGUGCGCGGAGCUGGGGAAAUACAAAGGUCUCCCAGAGACACCAUCUUUUCCAAGCAGGCGUAGGCAAGCGUUCUCUCUCAGCCCGGUCCAAUGAACAUGUCAGUGUUGACUUUGCAGGAAUACGAAUUCGAAAAGCAAUUCAACGAGAAUGAAGCGAUUCAGUGGAUGCAAGAGAACUGGAAAAAAUCUUUUCUAUUUUCUGCUCUGUAUGCUGCCUUUAUAUUUGGUGGUCGGCAUGUAAUGAACAAACGAGCAAAAUUUGAACUGAGGAAACCACUAGUGCUCUGGUCUUUGAGCCUUGCAGUUUUCAGUAUAUUUGGUGCUGUUCGAACGGGUGCUUAUAUGGUGUACAUUUUGAUGACCAAAGGUCUGAAGCAGUCAGUUUGCGACCAGAGUUUUUACAAUGGACCUGUCAGCAAAUUUUGGGCUUAUGCAUUUGUGCUAAGCAAAGCACCAGAACUAGGAGAUACAAUAUUUAUUAUUCUUAGGAAGCAGAAGCUUAUCUUCCUCCACUGGUACCACCACAUUACUGUGCUGCUUUAUUCCUGGUACUCUUACAAGGACAUGGUAGCUGGUGGUGGCUGGUUUAUGACCAUGAACUAUGGAGUGCAUGCAGUCAUGUACACGUACUAUGCCUUGCGGGCUGCCGGAUUCAGAGUCUCGCGCAAGUUUGCCAUGUUUAUCACUUUGUCGCAGAUCACGCAGAUGUUCAUGGGCUGCAUCGUCAACUACCUGGUCUUUGCCUGGAUGCAACAAGGCCAGUGCCAUUCCCACGUUUCAAACAUUGUCUGGAGUUCCCUCAUGUACCUCAGCUAUUUUGUGCUCUUCUGCCACUUCUUUUUCGAAGCAUACAUUGGAAAGACCAGAAAAGCACGGAAGGAUGAGUAAAAGCAAGAAAAUCCAAGAUGGAAGCCGCCGCUCAGGUCAUCUACAAAACAACAAACACAAAGGAGAAAAAAAAAACGGCACAAGGAAACUUUUUUAAAAACAAAUGUAUGGUGCAACUAAAACUCAGCAGCUAAGAGACAGCUAGGUUUGUUCAAACCAGUAAGUUUAUGAUCCUGUCAUGGUGAGGGCUCACUGAAUGAUCUCAAAUGGCUGCUGUAAGACAUCUUCCUUCUUGCGUCUAUCUGCUCUUAAAACAAACACACAUUUUAAAAAAAACAGCAAAAGAAGAUAAUGAUUUUGCAGAAAUAAAAAAAAAAUUAGAAUUAUUGUUUCCCUGAGCAUAGAUGACUUUUAUUAAAAAUAAUUAUUUAUAUAUCCUUUCUAACUUUUGUUUUUAAAAUGCAAAACUUGAACAAAAUAUAAGCAGAGGAAACACAGUCUGUGUUGUCUGGACAUUUGAAGCUGCCUUGUACCGUCAGAGCAACUAGUCCCGUAUUUUCUACUCUGACUAGCAGCAGAUCUCCAAGGUCUCAGGCAAAUGCCCUACGGCCUAAGUUUCUUAAGAUGGAGAGUCUGGGGAUUAGAACCUGGGACCUUGUGCAUCUAAAACAUCUGACCUUCUGCCAAACUGUGGCCCCCUCCCUAAAUGCAACCCGUGGUUUUGCAAAGUUAAAUGCUUUUCCCUUCAAUGGUUUGUACAUGCAGAAGCCCAGAUGUGAAAGUUAAAAGGUUGAUUUUGAGUGCCUGUUAUAGAGAGUCACUGAAACUCCACUGAAGUGAUCGGUUCAGGAGAUUUUGUUGACAGGGUGGCUUGGCUUUGGUUAUGGUACUACUGUAUACCAUGCUGUGAGAAGAUGUUUUGCACAAGCUAAAGAUCUGGUAUGAGAGAAUUUAUAUGAGAUCCAAAUAACUUUUAAGAUGCAUAUCAGAGAAAAUUUGGUCUGAGUUUUCGAGUAAAACAGCAAACAGUUAGAACAGUUUAAUGUCCAGUCAAUGAGUCUUACAUUUGUUUGGGGCUAAUGAUGAAGGAGAGCAAGGGAGAGGAUGGAUCAGAAGAGUGCUGUACGGGUUCUAUAUUAUUCUGAUGACAAAAUCUGGAUAUCUCUGUCUUUCUCGAGGCCACAACUAGCAUACUGUUUUCUAAGGCACAGGAUGUCCUAAGGUAUGGUUGUGGUGGAGUUUGCUUAGCUGGAAAAUACCAUCAGCAACAUUUGUCCAAAGACCGUUUCAGAACCUUGAAGCUCCAGCUCAAGCAAACGCUCUAAGCAGCUGAAAGAAUACAGAAUAAAAAUAUUUUCCUGUUCAUACAACCCAACAGGAUCCUUCCAAAAGCCAUCUUGUGAACUGCAGCUGUUCUGAUAAGGCUGAUCUUUGGAAGAAAAGCUGGUACGUAGGAGUGUUGCGCUUAUGGAUAGUGUCCCUUUCCUUCUGCCUGUGGUCAUUUUUGUUUCCAGCUUCUUACCAGCAAGUCACUGAGAGGUCUUGUGGCUUAUGGUUCUUUUAAUCCUACCACAUAAGCCAAGCAGAGAUGGUUUGCAGUGGUUUGCAGGAGUACACAACUCAUGAGCCAUCAUAGGCAAAAGAAAAUAGCAGCUACCCUAAGCUCAGCACAUCUCUGAAGUUACAGCAUUAAGUGCAAUUUGACUGAAAGGUGCAAAGAUUUUUCUUUUUAAAAAAUCUAAGUAUCUUUAGAGAAGUGUUUUUAGUUUCAGAUAGGAACUUUAGUGGGGGAAACUCCCCUAGGGUGUGGAACAUAUUUUAUAUUUUUAUGAACUUCAAAGAAUAGAUAUUUGCAACCUUAAUAGCAUUCUGCAGGACUUUAUGUGACUUUAGGUAACACUGUGCUUCUGCGUUUGCUUCACAAGCAAUGCAAAGAUGUUUAAAGUGCCCUCCUCUGGUCACUUGGAGAUACUACAAUAGAAAGCAUCAUCAUACUGGAAGUUUUAAAUAGGGGAAAGCCUGAAUGAAGUAAGUGUGCUGCAGUAAAUUAACUCUAAUGUCCAGAGAGAAUCAUUCUUACUUUAAAAAUGGAAUCUGUAGAAAAAUAUACUGUAGCAUCUCAAUCACUUAAAAAGACACCUGGUUCUUCAGUCAGCUGCAGAUAUAAGGACAAAGUAAUCUAACUCUGAGCCUCAGAGAAUUAGCUGAAAAGAGCCAUAUUUUCUACAUGGAAAAGUAGAUUGUAUUAUCUGUAAGAUUUCAGUCCUUACAAAGCCAAAUAAAAUACGUAAGCGUUCCUAGUACUUCAAAGAAACAAGUAUGUAAACUUGAUGUUAUAACUGUGUUAACAUAGUAUUCUCAAUUGUAUCAGUUUGAUAGUUUUAACCGUUUAGAAGAACCAAUUAAAAACUGCUGUUCUAAAUAGAAAUCAUACAUGCCUAUAACUACACACAUAACACAUAUUAUGUGAGUUGUCCAGAAUACAGAUCGGGGGAGCCGAAUCGUUUUUGUUCCAGCUAAUGCAAAACGUUGUCAGCUUUCAUACUUUAUUCUGAUACUGUAUAAUCCACAGUAUUUUGUUUUCCUUAUUUUAGCUUCAACUGUGCUGUUCUGUCAUUCAUGGCACAGAGCUGAUGUUGUAUCCUGUUAGACAUAACAAGGGCUUAAGUGUUUCACUAUGUGCAGUAAAACUGCUCCAUUCUGUAUUAUACAAAUAGUGUUUUUAAGGAGGGAGGGCAAAAUUGAAAAGUUCUCUGGGGCUUAAUCAUGACUGUGAAAAAUUGGGGAAGGGAAGGUUUAUAUCUGUGUCAUUUAAGUUAUUGAUGUUCUGCGAUUAUACAGUACAACAACAGCAAAAUGUUAUAUUCAGUAGAACAUAUGACAUGACCUUAAAUUAUAGGAUUUCUGUAUAAAUGGCAUUAUCAAUUAAAAUGUGAACAAUGUUAUUUUACAGCUUGGGGAGUAGAUUAUAUUCCACAAUAAGCCUUUUUAAAAACUCCUGCUUAAGUUUUCUUCUUUUUCUAAUCUGCAAUAUUUGAAGCAAACCAAAAUCAUUGAUUAUGAAAAUGCAAAAUUAUUGGCAAGCAAUAGCAGUUCUCAAUUGUGCCAUUCAUUACUGUGUCUCCCAUUUCUCAUUAACUAUUUCUGUGCAGAGUGAUCUCUAGGAUCAGCUUUUUCUCAUUCAUAAAUCUGUCUUGAAAUAAAUGAAAAAGGCAUUUCACAAGG